AAGAAAGAUAAAAACAGGGCCUAUUUUUUCUGGUCCGGCCGAACGACCUAGUUGCUCUCCACAUUAUGGUGAUCCUUAUUUCUAGAAGAAGCAAAACCAUCAAACAAGCAUUUUGGUAUCCUCCAUUGAAAAUGGGGAAGAGCUGGCUUCUUGCUGUUCUCCUCUCUAUUAUUUCCACUGAAGUUGCCUUUUCUGUGGGUGUUGGUGUUGGUGUUGGUAUUGGUGUUGGUGUUGGCAAUGUAGAUGGUGGCGGUGGUGGAGGCGUUUGGGUUGGUGGUGGGAGCAACAGCCCAGGGCCAUCUGUUUCUGGGUCUUCGGUUCCAAAGCUCCAGAGGGCUUACACUGCUCUCCAGGCAUGGAAAUCUGCAAUCAAAGAUGACCCAUUGAAGAUUUUAGACACUUGGGUUGGCUCUGAUGUCUGUUCUUACAAAGGAGUCUUUUGUGCAGACUCUCAAGAUGAAAUGGAUGCACCAACUGGCCUUGUUGUUGUUGCAGGUAUAGAUCUCAACAAAGCAAAUCUUAAAGGCACUCUUGUCAAGGAGCUCUCUUUCCUCACUGAUAUAUCUCUGCUCCACCUCAACAGCAACAGAUUUUCAGGCACAAUUCCUAACACUUUCAGAGAUCUCUCAUCACUCCAAGAGUUAGACCUUAGUAACAAUCUCUUCUCAGGUCCUUUCCCUGUAGUCACUCUAUACAUUCCAGACCUCCUUUACUUGGACCUCCGUUUCAACAAAUUCUCAGGCCCCCUUCCUGAAGAUCUCUUCAACAAGAACUUAGAUGCAAUCUUUCUCAAUAACAACCAAUUUGAAGGCCAACUUCCGCAAAAUUUGGGGAACUCUCCAGCUUCUGUGAUAAAUUUAGCUAAUAACAAUUUCAGUGGAAACAUCCCAAUAAGUCUUGGUUUCAUGGGCUCUAAACUUAAGGAGAUAUUGUUUCUCAAUAACCAAUUAACAGGUUGCAUUCCUGAGGGAGUUGGGCUUUUCACAGGCAUGCAAGUUUUGGAUGUAAGCUUCAAUUCCUUGAUGGGUCAUCUGCCAGAUACCCUAUCUUGUCUAGAAAAUAUUGAGGUUCUCAAUUUGGCACACAACGAGCUAUCUGGGGUUCUCCCAGACCCGAUUUGUUCUCUUAGAAGCCUUGUGAAUCUCACUGUUGCCUACAAUUUCUUUUCCGGGUUCAGCCAGCAGUGUUCCAACCUGUUCAUCAAGAAUGUGGGCUUUGAUUUCUCGCUAAAUUGCAUCCCUGGGAGGGACAUGCAGAGACCUCGCCCAGAAUGUUCAAUGAUUCCAGGAGUUGGGCUGAAUUGUCUGAGAAUCCCUGCUGCAAAUCCUCUUGUUUGUGGUUCAGUAGUUGCCUCAUCUCCAUGAGAGUAGAGUUUACAGGUUGGAAGACUUUUUUCAGUAUUUUUUUUUUUUUUGGACUAAAUCCAAGAUCUUAGUAACGAAUAUAGAAAUGUAUAUGCAGUUUACUUUCUUUAUCACGUUACAUCUGUGUCCUAUAAAUUAAAGUCGUCUGUCUUCAUCCUGGCAGGUUGCUAAAGUCGUACUUUCACACGCAUGAUGCCAAUGCUCUAAUAGAUGCUUUCCAUUACAAA